AAUGCUCGCUAUGUCUCGCUCCCUUUUUAUGGCUGGCUGGUUCUCACCAGUCACUGUUUCCUGACCUAGGGACAACGCAGUUCAUCAGCAGGAUCCUGUGACGCCAAAGCUGCAAUGUAUCCACUCUGAUAAAAUACAGGGUGGUGCAAGUCUGCUGUAGCACAGCUUCAGUUUUGUGUUUCACCCUUGUUUCUUUUUUUAGCUCAAUAGAUUUUUAUUGCAUUCAUCCUCUGUCCGGUUCCCUGCAGUAAAAUGACAGGGAUAGCAGUGCCGACCCCAUCCAGCUUCCCAUGAGUGACUUCUUCCUCCAUUCUCAGCUGGGCACAGACAAAGCACAAAACCUAUGUCAAGAAGCUCAAGUUGGGUGACUUUUAAAAAACAAACUUGAUCCAAAAAAGACCUAUACAGAUAUCUGCUUCAUUUUAGGCUGAAAAGAUCUCCUUUCAGUUCAGUAACUGACGAACCUUAUAUUUUUACAGGGCUUCAAGCACAUGCUGCUUCAGAGGGCGGCCAGGGAGAGGUGCCUGGGUUAUUCUGUAACUGCAGUGCCCAGCAAACACAUCCCUUACCGGGGUUAGGCCUAUUUGCAGCUUCUUUAUGAGAGAUCUACAUGAUCUACGUCAUAUCAGAUAGCCCACGAGAUUCUUCUACAACGGAUUACCUCUGGCAAUGUUUUCCAGAGAUUUCCUUUACUGCAAAAAGACCAAAGGUAAUGCCAUUCCUGUGCUAAUAACUAAAAGACCAGUCUGGGUCUUGGAAAAGGCUCCAUGAUAAGCAUUCCUAUAGGGUUACUCGUUACUCUGGCUCGACUGUAGCAGUGUAGCUUCCUCCACCACUGUGUUGUGGGGAGCAGGGCACAGUGGUGAGAAGCAGAAAGGAAAGGGGGGACCUAACAGCCACAAGGGAGGGAUUCUCUCUCUUCUAGGAGAUCCGCACCCAGAUAAUCUCUCACAAUGGCCCCAACCAGAGUUUGGGAAUCACUGUAGAGCUGAACACAUUUACUGCUCUCAGGUGACUUACUAGUAAAGCUGUUGGUCAGGAACAGAGAGGUGUAGGGCUGGAGGCUGCAUAAAGACUAACCCGGGUUCCAGGGUUAGUGGCAUGUCUUUUCUGUCAUUGCUAAUGCCUGAUUCAGCAAGGUACACGCUGACUAGACCUGAAUUGAAGCAGCAGUCUUAGACAUGAAAAGAGAAUCAGAAACCACAUUCAGAACUGACCACAACAUUGCUGGGGGCUAAGCUGCAAUCGCUUCUGAAGAUAAGUAUGAAUUAAAACACAAUAAAUCAUUUAUCUUUUUUAUGCCCCAAUCAUUUAUGAUUAGAGAGUAAUCAGAUGCUGGGCAUAAUUAGGCGUGGGGUGGGACCCAAUCAGCACCAUCUCCACAGAGCGCUCUGCUGCCGCUCAUUGGUGUUCACUAUCACAGGGCACAUAUAAGCUCGGAGCUGGAGCACACUGAAAGCACUCGGACAGUACGCUGGAGGUGGGACAUCCACACAGAGCGAAGCGCAGCCCCAUACACCUGGCAGGUGGAGAAGCCACUGAGAAAGCACAGCACUGACUUCAAACAGUCCCGCUGCUUCAAAGAAGUGACUGCAAGUGGGUGAAACGAGUGAGCAGGAGGAUGGCAGAAAUGGAUACAUCCAAGACAUGCCUGCUCAUGAAUGGCAGCUGCAUGGGAAGUCAGGACAGCAAAGGCGACAGCGCAUGGGUUCUUCCCAACUUGCCCAGUAAGUGCACGUGGACAGCUGCUACGCCUGCCAACAAGUCUCCACACUCCUGUGUACCCUUAUCAGAAGAAACAAAGAUUUUACCCAACAUCUUGAAGAAAAUUGGCAGCACCCCCAUGGUCCGAGUCAACAAGAUUGGGAAGUCCUAUGGGCUCAAGUGUGAGCUCUUGGCAAAAUGCGAAUACUUCAACGCAGGAGGCAGCGUGAAGGACCGUAUCAGCCUGAGGAUGGUGGAAGAUGCAGAGAGAGCAGGGAUUAUAAAACCAGGAGACACGCUGAUCGAGCCCACUUCGGGGAACACAGGAAUCGGGCUGGCUCUGGUCGCUGCAGUGAAAGGCUACCGCUGCAUCAUUGUCUUGCCAGAGAAAAUGAGCAUGGAGAAGGUUGAUAUUCUGAAGGCACUGGGUGUUGAAAUUGUGAGGACCCCAUGCACCCGUUUCGAUGCUCCGGAGUCUAACAUUCGUGUCGCCUGGAAGCUGAAAAAUGAAAUCCCAAACUCUCACAUACUGGAUCAGUACCGAAAUCCAAGCAACCCUCUGGCUCAUUACGACACCACCGCUGAGGAAAUCCUGGAGCAGUGUGAAGGCAAAGUCCACAUGGUGGUGAUUGGGUCUGGCACAGGGGGCACCAUCACUGGCAUUGCGAGGAAGUUGAAGGAGAAGUGCCCCGAGUGCAAAAUAAUUGGUGUAGACCCUGAAGGCUCCAUCGUAGCUCUGCCCAGUGAAUUGAACAGGACAAACAAUAUAACCAUAGAGGUGGAGGGCAUCGGGCAUGACUUUAUCCCUACUGUCCUGGACAGAUCAGUGGUUGAUCAGUGGUAUAAAUGCAACGACAGAGACUCGUUCCUCAUGUCUCGCAGGCUGAUUAGAGAGGAAGGGUUGUUGUGUGGUGGCAGCUCAGGCAGUGCCAUGUCUGUUGCUGUACAGGCUGCCAAGGACCUGAAGGACGGUCAGCGCUGCGUCGUCAUCUUGCCCGACUCUGUCAGGAACUACAUGUCCAAGUUCCUGAAUGAUAAAUGGAUGAUAAAAAACGGAUUCCUAAAUGAUGUCCAGGAGCACAAGCCUUGGUGGUGGAACAUCAAGGUGCAGAAACUGAAUCUCUCAGCCCCUCUCAUUCUUCUCCCAGAAGUCAGCUGUCAAAAGGCAAUUGAAAUCCUCCGGGAGAAGGGAUACGACCAGGCUCCCGUUGUUGCUGAAUCAGGACUUAUUCUGGGGAUGGUAACCCUCAGCAACACCCUGACCUCAGUGCUGGCUGGAAGCGCACAGUUCUCAGACCCCGUUACAAAAGUAAUCUACGACCAGUUCUCCAAGAUCAGCCUGGAGGACAGCCUUGGGAAGCUUUCCUGCAUCCUAGAGAAUGACCACUUUGCUAUUGUUGUGCACGAGCAAAUGCAGUUCAGUGGGAAUGGCAGUUCCUUCAUGAAACAGAUGGUGUUUGGCGUGGUCACUGCGAUGGACCUCCUCACCUUUGUCAGCAGAAAUGACAAGAAGUAAGGAAGGAGCCCGGCCGUGCUGAGCCCCGUGUCUCCAGCAGGGUCAGCUGCUCCUCCUGAGCAUGAAACACGUGGCUGAGGAUAUUUUGUGGUCUAAUCCAGCUGAUGGUUUCUCAAAAUGACUAUGUGAAAAUUGUAAUGUAAUAACCAUGUGUCUGCUAGAUGCCAGCCAGAGCAUCGCUAAAGAGAAGCGAAACAAAGAAAUUACAUUUGAUGGCCGUAUGUGGUUACAUGGAGCUACCUAGGGCUGGACAGGUAACAAGGGGUUAGGUUGGGAUGAAGGUUGCUGCUGUUGUUGCCCAGAUGAUUCCCGAUGCAGGCUUUAGUGCCUUCAGGAGAAGAAGGAGGUCUCACUGAGAUUGGAGCCCAUCUCCAACAAGAGCAGCUCAGCUCCUCUCGGCUCCUCUUGAAGGCUGGGGACAAGCCAUGUCACACUGCGCCCUCCUGACCCUCAUCGCAUCUCACAGAGGCUGCAGUUCCCUGGGGACCCUGCUCCUUACCCUGACUCCUUUUGGGAUACGGAGACUGGGGCAAGCAGGAGGGAGAGAGCCAGGAGGAGCAGGGUGUGUGGGGUUCCUGUGGGGCUGCAGGGCUGGUGGGAGCAGUGCGGGCCGCACGUCCCCUGGGCUGGGACAGCCAGCCGCACCCCUCUGAGGAGCGGAGACUCAUUCUCACGACAUGAUAACAGGGCCGUGAGACAGGGCUAUGUCCCAAUUUCCUGUCUUAUUCAGCUCAUGAAUAUUCAGCCUGAGAGCUCAUUUUCAAGGGAGCAAAGGGGAAAGGGGUCCUGUUGCUGUCAUAAUAUUGUGUUCCAGGAACUGAUAACGAAGGUCAAAAGAGGCAUUUGUCAUGGCUCUGAAAAUGUAAAUGAAAUCAAAUGUGAAACCCGUGCUGUGGGAACAAGCUGAGUUGCUGCUGCUGAAACCUGCUUUGGGAGAGCUGCUCUCAAAACAAGCAUUGAGCUUUGCAGUUCAUCCCUGCAUCUUGGGAGCUCCUCCGAGGGGACAACAACCGAUUCUGGCUUGCUGCUAAGUGGCUGGUCCGUACUUGCAAUUGAAUCUAGUUUGUAUGAGGUUUUUAUUAAAUUAAGGAAUGCUGACGUAUUUAUAUUUAGGAAUAGUGUCUCUGCCACCUUUUGCUCCCUUCAGUUACACAAACAUUAUCGCAUCUUCUGUGAGUUUUCGCCUGAGCAAUGACUGUAUUUGUCCAAAGAAAGAGUAAAAACUAAUCAGAUGGA